UAGUGAAGGACUACGUCCUCUCUACCAAAUUUGGGCGGGCAUGCUUGUUUGUCAAUCAAAAAACAACAAUAAGCAGACGAAUACCACUGGUCUUUCCGGAGGAGGUAGAAAAGAUGGCAAAGCAGGCACUCCUUCCUCCUUCGGCGUGUAUGACUGGUGAAGAGGAGGACAUUUUCAAAUGCACCAGCUAUAUGAGUCUGCUGGGAAUAGUUGAAAAAGUGCAAGUAGUCAGGAUGACUCGGGGCCAGAUUCCCAUUCUUGACCUCAGUCUAAGAUGUGGCUCCAAAGUCCAUGAGGUCUCACUGUGGAGAGAAAACGCUUUGGAAGAGUUGUAUGCAGGAGACAAGGUGGAGAUCAGUCACCUAAGAGGAAAUAUAAGGCCAAAUGGCACAGGAAAAUUUGACUCCUCUAAUUACACAACGGUCAAGAUUGUUGAGCGGCAGAUCCUCAAGGCAGAUCUGGAGAUCAUUGCCGUGUCAGAGGAUAGCGGCAAUAUGAUCACUCUGGUAGACAGUGAAUUAGAGCAUUACAUUGUGCCAAGCCAAUUUUACUCAGGCAACACCGAUGACCUCUUCCAACAACUGCCAAUAAAAAUAAGAGUCACACAUAUUAACAACCGUGUGCUAAGUGUUGAGCCCCUAGGUCCAACUGUGUCAGCAGAAACGAUGGAUCCAAUCGAGACCACUAAAUCUGUGGAUCCAGGCGAUACAGCCGAAUUCGUGGAUCCAUCCAAAAACAGUGAAUCCCUAGAAAAGUAA